UUUUUUUUUCCCCUAUUGAUGGGGCAGAAAUUCUGUCGGAGUUUCCUUCUAUGGUUCUGAUUUCUUCGGUAUUUGAUGAAAUCGUAAAGCUUAGAUGAACUGAUCUGAGUUUUUUUUUUCCCCUCUUAAGUUUAACCUGGUUUUGAGAUUUAAUUUGUGAAGAAGCUGAUUUAUUGGACUGGAAUAGUUGGAUUUUCUGUGAGAUUUUGGGGAGGUUUUGAAAGUCAGAACUUGUACUUGUUAAAGAAAGGGAAAAGGAGGAAUUUAAUGGAGUUUGCUUUUUUAGUAACUUACUUGUGAAGGAAUCGGACUGAAUUUUUUGACGGGGAAUGGGCUUCUUUCCGCGGGAUUCUGGUGCGGAUUUAUUACUUUCAUACCUUUUUUGGGGGGGUUGGGGGAGUUAGUUAGGAGCGAAGUUCUUCUUUGUGAAGUUCAUUAACGGUGAGUUGUUGAUGCUUUUGGAAAAAAUGGAAAUUUCUGGAUCUUAUUUUCCUCCUUGGUUUGGAGUGAAACACGUGAAGUGAGAAGUGUGAAGUGCUCGAGUGGUUGGCGGGAGCUGGAGUUCUGCAAAUUGAGUGCAGGGUCAAGCUCUUGUUAUGGAUUCGGUUGAUGCUUUAGCUUCGCAUCGGCAGCGAAGAAGCUGUAGACUCUCAAAUUUUAAUAGCCAGGACUGGUUGUGGAUUUAUUUGGAAUUCAGAUAGUAUCUUGGAGUAUCUCGCGUUUGAGCUUGAUAGUUAAGAAGAUCAGAAAAUAGUUCAGAGGACUGUUCAUGGGAUUUUAGGUUUGCAUGAUGGAGGAUAUAGGGCUAUUCAAGCAAGGAUGGAAAUGGCUGCAGUCACAGAAGCGCGUGUACUCGAGGUCGAGGACUGCAGUGAGCUGUUUCAGAGACAAGAUUGUCUUUUUGAUAGAUCGCCAUUGGCCGAUGGUUUACAGUGGAUGUGUAAAGAUGGGGAAAUGUCUAAUGACUUUGUUGUUAAAGUGGAAGGACUGUAUUGUCCAGGGUUUUGGGUCUAUGCUCAGCCUGGGUUCGGCGGCUUUGCUUGUUACAAUGUGGAGUUGCUUUCUUAGUUUGACAUCUAUUUCUUGCCUGGUAUAUGUACUCCUGAGUUUGGGAGCUGCUGGGGCUGCUGUUAGAUACUUGGGUUAUACCCCUGGACUUUUUAUUGUUGGGCUGUUUGGUAUUUUGACUUUGUGGAUGUAUGGUAAUUUUUGGAUUGCGGGAACGUUGUUUAUUGUUGGAGGUUAUUUGUUCUCUCUAAAUCAUGCACGGAUCGUGGUCUUAAUGGCAACCAUAUAUGCCCUUUAUUGUGUUAAGGUUCGUGUUGGGUGGCUCGGGGUUUUCCUCUCAAUAAACCUUGCGUUCCUCUCGAAUGAUCUCUUCAGUUUCUUGCUCCAAGGGUGUGACAAUACAACUGAAGAGACACAUUUUGAAGAGCAAAAAGAAUCAGAAACAGUUACAGAAGAUGAUGACUUCUCAGGGGAUUGUGAAUAUUCUGUUCCAACUAGCGAUGCUGAGAACAUACAUUCAUACAAAUCAUCCAGCAAACCAUCUACCACUUUGAAUUUUGUGAACAAUCAGAGAGAAUGCUCUGCUAGCGGAGUGGUCAAAGAAGACACGAGUUCAGUUGAUGAGAUGAAGAGGAUAAAGAAUAGUGGGAAUCAUUAUGAAACACUUGAACUUCCUCCUUACAAGACCAUUGAUGCUACUGUAUUGAAAAGGGAAUACAGGAAAAAGGCCAUUCUUGUGCAUCCUGAUAAAAAUAUGGGAAGUCAACUUGCAAGUGAAUCAUUCCAAAAACUUCAGUGUGCAUACGAGGUUCUUGCAGAUUCUAUGAAAAAGAGAGAGUAUGAUGAUCAACUAAGGAAGGAUGAAUCAAAAAGAGUGUGUCAGAAGUCCAGUAGCUCACAAAAGCAGCAGGAUGGCACGGAUUAUUGCUCCGAAGAGUCUAGGCGUAUACAUUGCACAAAGUGUGGCAAUUCACAUAUAUGGAUAUGCACCAAUAGAACUAAGGCCAAGGCCAGGUGGUGUCAGGAUUGCUGUCAAUAUCACGAAGCCAAGGACGGAGAUGGAUGGGUUGAGAAUGGAUGUUCAUUGUUCUUUACGAGGCCUCAAAAGUUUCAUCUUUCCUUUCAGGUCAAAAUUCCGCGUGCCUUUGUUUGUGCAGAAAGUAAGAUCUUUGAUGUGUCAGAAUGGGCUCUUUGUCAGGGUAUGGAAUGUAGGCCUAAUACCCAUCGGCCAAGCUUCCAUGUAAAUAUGGUUGGCUUGGAGAAGGCAACACAGAGGUCCAACUCAAGCAGAUUUCCUUGGGAUUUGGAUGCUGAGAUGAUGGAAGAAGAGGAAGAAGAGUUUAAGAUAUGGCUUCAGAAGGCCUUAGCCUCGGGCCUCUUCUCAGAAACUCCUAAACGCAGAAAGAGUUGGAGCCCUUUCAAAUUACAUCCAAAGAAAGGGAAGAAACAGUGGCGGAGAUCAUCUACAUGAAUAAAAUGCUACUCAGAGUUCAAUCUCGCUGAUACUGUAGGUCAAAUGGCUCUUGUGUGUCUGUCAGCAAGAAACAUGAAAGGAGAGGGAACAGAGUAGCAAUAUUUUCAAUAUUGGGACUGGGUACCUGCAAAUACAUUCAAGCAUCCUCCGCAUGUCCUCUUGACUGAUGUAAAGUCAAUAAGGAAGGAGUGGAGUCGCAAAGCUCCGCAAAUGGAAGUUUUUUCUCCUCAGGACUCUGGUUGUGCUCGUGGUGCAGCACUCGGGAAUUCUCGUCACUGAGAAGUCAUUGCUUAAACAGAAGACAGAAAUGAGCACUCCCUUGUAAAUUGAUCCGGUUAACAUCCAUGUUUACUACAUUUUCAGUUGUAAAAAUAAUUCUGGAUUCAUGUAUGGUGCAAAAGAUGUUUCAUUCCUUGUCUGGUUGGAUCAGCCACCAGUGUAUAAUUUGAUUAGGCAUUACAGUCUGGUUAACUUGGUUAAGGAGAAAAAUAUAAAGGGACCUAUAGUUAACUGGCA